CCUUCCCCCUUCACUCUGCCCUGAACCACAAGAGAAGAGAGCUAGACCAGUCUAACAGGUACGGAUAAGGACAGAGGCCCAGAGAGGGGGCCUGAUUAGUCCAAGGUCAUACGGCAAAGUCCUGGACAGAGCUGGGCCAACUGAGUCUGAGGCCUAGAAGACCAGCACCCUUCGAAGGCCCAUACCCACCUUCCUUUCUCCCUCCACACCCCAGAAGAACCUCUGGGAGGCCCAGCAAGCAUCUCAGCUCCUCAGUGUCCACUGAGUGGGCCACCUGGACUGAGUGGGAGUAGAGCAGCCUGGGAGGAAAGCUGGGACUCCAGGUGCACUGUGGCUCCGGGGUAGGUCUCGGCUGGCUCCGCCUCCCGCUCCGGAGCAGGUGUCCCCAACCUCCCGAGGUCCUUCCAGCCCCUCCCCCUUACUCAGGCUCUUCCUUUUAUCCCGGGCCCCGGGGGGUCACGGCCCCCGAAGGUGGAAGGUUAAGGGGACGUGCAGGGAGGAGGGGGAUGGGCUCAGAACAGGUAGUUGAGACUGGUCCUUCCUAGGUGGCUGCCCCUAAGCCCUCCAGCCAUCCAGGUUUCCUCCCCUGCUGGAGGGGCCUUCGGAAGCCAGCCGGGCAGGGGCGGGGCCAGCCCUCCCCCCCCCCCGGGGGGGGUCUCCCCGCCCCUUCGGACUCAGCCAAGCGGAGGUGAAACCUGAACCCAGGUUGGGGGCGGGGCCGGCUCCUGCUGGGACCGGGGCGGCCUGUGCCUUCACCGCCCCUUUCCUCGCACCCCAGACGGCUUCUGAAAGAGUAAGGUCGGGAUCCUCAAGUCGCUGGAGCAGGGUUCGUGAUGGAGCCCCCAGCCAGGGGUCGCGCCCCACCCUGAGCACUGCCCCCACCCCCCGCCGCCGCCCCAGGCGGCCAUGCUGCCCCGAGGGCGGCCCCGGGCUCUGGGGGCCGCUGCACUGCUGCUGUUGCUGCUGUUACUUCUGAUCGGUUUCUUCCUAUUCGGCGGGGACCUGGACUGUGAGCUCAGCGCGAGUUGGGGGUGGGGGGUGGGGCGCAGCCCGGGAUCCUUAUUCUGCUCGCUAAUGCCACGUGUACCUUCAGACGGGCGGCUGCGGCCGCUGGGGGCUGUCGCCCUCGACAGAGACCCGCCGGCGGACCACGGUGGCCACAACCGCUCCGAUUGCGUCCCGCCGCGGCCGCUGCCGCCCAAGUGCGAGCUCUUGCAAGUGGCCAUCGUGUGUGCAGGUCAUAACUCUAGCAGAGACGUCAUCACCCUGGUGAAGUCCAUGCUCUUCUACAGGAAAAAUCCACUGCACCUCCACCUGGUGACUGAUGCCGUGGCCAGGAACAUUCUGGAGACGCUCUUUCACACAUGGAUGGUGCCCGCUGUCCGGGUCAGCUUCUACGACGCUGAUGAGCUCAAGCCCCAGGUCUCCUGGAUCCCUAACAAGCACUAUUCUGGCCUCUAUGGGCUAAUGAAGCUAGUGCUGCCCGGUGCCCUGCCCCCUGACCUGGCCCGUGUCAUUGUUCUGGAUACAGAUGUCACCUUUGCCUCCAACAUCGCAGAGCUCUGGGCACUCUUUGCUCACUUUUCUGAUAAGCAAGUGAUUGGUCUCGUGGAGAACCAGAGCAACUGGUACCUUGGCAACCUCUGGAGGAACCACAGGCCCUGGCCUGCCUUGGGCCGGGGGUUUAACACAGGCGUGAUUCUUCUGCGGCUGGACCGGCUUCGGCAGGCUGGCUGGGAGCAGAUGUGGAAGCUGACCGCCACGCAGGAGCUCCUUACCCUACCCGCCACCUCACUGGCAGACCAGGACAUCUUCAAUGCUGUAAUCAAGGAGCACCCAUGGCUGGUGCAGCCCCUGCCCUGCGUCUGGAACGUGCAGCUGUCAGACCACACGCUGGCUGAGCGCUGCUAUUCGGAGGCGUCUGACCUCAAGGUGAUCCACUGGAACUCACCAAAAAAGCUUCGCGUGAAGAACAAGCACGUGGAAUCCUUCCGCAACCUCCACCUGACCUUCCUGGAGUACGACGGGAACCUGUUGCGGAGAGAGCUCUUUGGGUGCCCCUGUCCGCCCCCUCCUGGGGCGGAGCAGCUGCAGCGGGCCCUGGCGCAGCUGGACGAGGAGGACGCCUGCUUUGAGUUCCGACAGCAGCAGCUGACCGUGCACCGCGUGCACAUCACCUUCCUGCCCCACAAGCCGCCGCCCCCCCAGCCCUACGAUGUCACCCUGGUGGCCCAGCUCUCCAUGGACCGGCUGCAGAUGCUGGAAGCCCUGUGCAGGCACUGGCCGGGCCCCAUGAGCCUGGCCUUGUACCUGACAGACGCAGAGGCCCAGCAGUUCCUGCGUUUCGUGGAGACUUCGGCGGUGCUCUCCGCCCGGCAGGAUGUAGCCUACCACGUGGUGUACCGCGAGGGUCCCCUCUACCCCAUCAACCAGCUUCGCAACGUGGCCCUGGCGCAGGCCCUCACGCCUUACGUCUUCCUCAGUGACAUUGACUUCCUGCCCGCCUACUCCCUCUACCACUACCUCAGGGCCUCCAUCGAGCAGCUGGAGCUGGGCACCGGUGGGCGGAAGGUGGCCCUGGUGGUGCCAGCAUUCGAGACCCUGCACUACCGCUUCAGCUUCCCCAGUUCCAAGGCCGAACUGCUGGCCUUGCUGGACGCCGGCUCUCUCUAUACCUUCAGGUACCAUGAGUGGCCCCGGGGUCAUGCGCCCACAGACUAUGCCCGCUGGCGGGAGGCCCAGGCCCCGUACCGCGUGCAAUGGGCAGCUGACUACGAGCCCUAUGUGGUGGUGCCACGAGACUGUCCCCGCUAUGAUCCCCGAUUUGUGGGCUUUGGCUGGAACAAGGUGGCCCACAUCGUGGAGUUGGAUGCACAGGAAUACGAGCUCCUGGUGCUGCCCGAGGCCUUCAUCAUCCACCUGCCACACGCCCCAAGCCUUGACAUCUCCCGCUUCCGCUCCAGCCCCACCUAUCGUGACUGCCUCCAGGCCCUCAAGGAUGAAUUUCACCAGGACUUGUCCCGUCACUACGGGGCUGCUGCCCUCAAAUACCUCACUGCCCUGCAGCAGCCCCGAGGCCCCACCUGACUGCACCCCUGCCUGUCUCCAGGACUCUCACGCACUCCUUGCAGACACUGGAGCAGCCUUGCUGCCGCCCCUCCGUCUCUGCUAUUUAAGUUAUUUAAGUCCCUGGGAAGGAUUGUGAUGGGGCGCCCGUGGGGUGGGGCCCGGGGCUUCCCUUUGCUGCUAUUCUGUGCUUGGGGUCUCGUGUUCCUCUGCCCCAGCUGGUUUGGGGCUGGUUCCUACUUCCUCAACUGUAACAUCCCUUUUUUAUAAAUAAAGUUUUAACAGCACUGUU